AUGUAAUUUGUAAUAAAUUGGGUUUCCCCUUAACAAAUGCUACCAUCUAGUGGCGAGUUCUGUUUCAUGCUACAGUACGACAUUCACAACAUAAUCUGUACUCGAUUGCAUACAUUUUUAGUUUGAAAUGUAAAAUUCUCUCUGUUUGGAGCUCCAUUAUAGUUCACACAUUUUUCACUUAUCAGCGUUUGUCACUGUUUCAGGGAACCGCUUAAAAAAUACGCCGUAGUUUUGCUGGGAAACGUUGCACUGGACGCUACAAAAGUCAAAACCACACGAAAUCACAGACGAAGGCGAAAACUCUCAAUCAUUCUAGCGGCUCGUAGCAUAGGAAGAGUACCAUUAGGCCUCCCGGAGACGCAGAAGACAUUCACAGUGCGGCGCAAACCCUCAUCCCAACUCUGAACUCCAUCUCCCAGGAACCCCAGCGGCGCCAGGCGGCAACAUCCGGACCUGCGCGUUGACAGCGCCCAGUUCGUUGGUGGCAGUGCCAUGACAACAGCAAGAUGGUGUCGCGUCGGGAGCGAAAUGUGAAUUUCCGUGAACGGCGUUCGUGAAACCGGAGCUGCAUGCACUGUGCUGUUAUACUGUACCUACCCGGAUACGCAGUUUGGUUUGGGAGGUAUUGCGUGCACGCAAAGUGCAGCGUUUGCUUUUGCCGAGGGCAAGAGGAGAGGAAGGACGGGCGAGAGCCUGUUGUGCUGUUGGAAGUCGGGUCCUCAUUGAUUCCUGGCCUCGUCCAGGUGCCCUGCCAGCAGAGAAGCAUGUCCCUGUUUAAAGCUCGGGAGUGGUGGUCCGCUACGCUGGGCGAUGGGGACGAGUUUGACCAGGGAUGUUUGUGUGUCGGAGACGUUGACAAUAGUGGCAGUGGACAAGAUAAGAUUGUGGUGGGGAGCUACAUGGGACUGCUGCGCGUUUUCUCCCCUCGCCCGUCCAAGCCUGGAGGAACCCUGGAGCCCGAAGAGCAGCUUCUGGAGGUGCAGCUCAGAGAUCCUGUGAUACAGGUGGAAGUGGGCAAAUUCGUUUCAUGUUCAGACCUGCUUCAUCUGGCUGUGUUACACCCUAGAAAAUUGUCAGUCUGUGCUAUUGCAGCAACUGCGGGCAAUGUAGAACAUGGAAUUCAGUACCAGUUAAGACUUGUGUAUGAACACAAUCUUCAGAGAAUUGCCUGCAACAUGACAUAUGGUCCCUUUGGUGGAGUUACAGGUCACCACUUUAUUUGCAUACAGUCCAUGGAUGGGAUGCUGAUGUUCUUCGAGCAGGAAAGCUAUGUGUUUGGCAGGCUCUUGCCCGGUUUCCUUCUGCCAGGUCCGCUGAGCUACUGUGCUCGCACUGACACCUUCAUCACGGUUUCCUCCACAAGACAAGUUGAGAGCUACAAGUACCAAACACUUGCUGUUGCCACAGAUGCUGAUACCAGGAAAGAAUCGGAACAGCAAAAAGUUGGCUCAGGGAAAAGACUGGUGGCAGACUGGACUCUAAUGAUUGGAGAACAGGCUCUGGAUAUAUGCAUUCCUUCCUUUAAUCACUCAGCUUCCACAAUAUUUGUCUUGGGAGAGAGGAACUUAUACUGUUUGAAGGACAAUGGCCAGAUCCUCUUCAUGAAGAAACUGGAGUACAAUCCAAGUUGCUUCCUUCCAUAUGCGUCAGUCUCCGAAGGAACGACAAACAGCCUGGUUGGUAACCACAACAACAUGCUGCUGGUGUAUCAGGAUGUGACUCUGAAAUGGGCGGCCCAGCUCUCUCAUGUGCCUGUAGCCAUCCGAGUGGCCAACUUCCAGGACCUGAAGGGUGUGGUGGUUACCCUGAGUUCUGAAGGUCAGCUGCAGUGCUCCUACUUAGGGACAGACCCUGCUCUUUACCAGGCUCCGAAAGUGGAGGCCAGGGAAAUAAACUAUGAAGAAAUGGAUUCCGAGAUGAAAGAGCUGCAAAAGAUAAUCAAAGAGACAUCUAAGGUGCAAGACAUUUUGCCUAAGGCUGACAAAGAAGAUGAUUUGACAAUAACACCCUCCAUCUCUAUUAACAUGGACACGGUGUCUCAAGCUGCCAUCUCUGAAAUAGGAGGAUUAACUGUCCCUUCUAUCACAGUAAAGAUCAAAGCGAAAAGCAGAGUGACAGUGCUGAAUCCCAAACUGACAGUGUGUGUUCAGCCUCCUUUGGCAGUCACUCGGGAGCAGUUUGUUUUAGAUUCAAUGGGACCGGGAUCAUCUAUUUUGGUGGUGUUUUCUGCUUUUCUGAAUGGGGAGUACCCACCAGCUGAUUUAGGAGGAGAUGUGGCAGUUUCCUACAACACACCUACAGAGCUAAACCCCGCAGGAGUUCCUAGGGUUGCCCAGUGUCAGUUUUCUUUGCCACUAAGGCUAGUUUCCUACCCAGCUUCUCCUUCCAAGAAUGCAAAUUACAAAAUCACCAUUGACACAAACAAGCCUCCAGUCAACCUCUCAGAAAUCUUCCCAGAUUUGGUAGAGAAAUCUGACGAGGAACAUGUAAAUGCUCUUGGCCUCCAGUUAAUAGCCGGGUCCAGAGUCACUCUGCUAGCCUCAAAAACAUCUCAGCGGUACCGAAUUCAGAGCGAAGCCUUUGAAGACCUCUGGCUGGUAACUAAAGAUCUGGUUCGGCGCUUUGAAAAGCAUUUUGCCAAGCAUGGAAUCAGAGACUAUCGGUGUAGUUUCACUGGACCCAUUCCUCUGCUGGAGUAUUUUGAGACAGUAGAUCGUCAUUUCGAGUUGCGUGUGAAUGCAGAGAAAUAUCAGGACCUCCUGGCGGAGAGAGCAGUGCAGUUCCGAGCAAUUCAGCGCAGAUUAUUAACGCGCUUCAAGGACAAAACCCCAGCGCCCCUGCAAAACCUGGACACCUUGAUGGAAGGCACCUACAGACAGGUCGUAGCCCUUGCAGAUGCUACUGAAGAGAACCGAGCUGCACUCUGUCAAGCAUUCACCCGGCUCAGAAGUGCCACCCACCUCAUAAUACUGUUGAUUGGCCUGUGGCAGAAUCUGGGCAAGGAUCAAACAGCCAUUCUGGAGUCAACCUUAUUACCUCUGCUACAGGACACCCCACAACUGGGCUGGGAGGAGAGCGUGGACGCAGCGGUCUCCCACCUUCUGAGGACGUGUUUGUCCCGGAGCUCCAAGGAUCAGGCUCUGAACCUUACAACUAGCCAGCUGUCCAUGCCCAAAGACACCAGCAGGCUGAAGAAACACAUCACGCUCCUUUGUGACCGAAUAGGCAAAGGUGGACGCCUCUCCCUUUCUGCUGAGUCCAAUGCACAGACACCCAUCGUGAUGCCAGGAGGCUGUGAACCCAUCCCUGAAUCUGAUCUGGAGGAGGGCGCUGCAGAUCAGGAGUCUGUUGCCACGUUCCCUAAACAGAGACAUCUCACGAGGAAGAAAGGCAGGCAAGAUCCCACAGAGAAGACCGGAGAGGACAGUCGGACUGUGCCAGAGGAUGGCUGAGGAGCUGACUGUCACUGGCUUCUCAUUCCUCAUUCCUCGACCAGCAGUCGAGCAAGUCUCUGGGAAUGUUUCACACUUCCAAACGCAUUUUGGAGAGUGGAUCCACUUCAAAUGCAACCUCUGAAUAUUAUUUCUGUUGUGGGUUUUUUUUUCCCCAAGUAAAAUAACCAAACAACAAAAAGGUUUGCUUGAAUCUUGUAAAUACUGGUAUCAGGACUCUGUAAGAACAUUAUUUGCAACGUAACCCAUUCAUUGUCUCGGUAAUAUCCCUCCUCCUGGCAGCCCAAUUUAAGAAAUUUUUAAAUGUUAGCUCUUUUUAAAUAAUCUUGGAUUAAACACAGCAACAAGUUACAUCAAUAGUGAAGUUUUCACACUGCAGUGACACACAUACCACAAAGUUGUUUGAGCAGAAAUAGAUGUGUGUCAUACAUGAUACUAUGACUUUGUAACUGAGACGCUCUCAGUUAACUUAGUUUGAAGACAGGUGUACAGGCUAUUAUAAUAAGUAGGGAAAAAAGGCUAUGUAUCUGUGUUUGCAUACAGAAUUGCUUUUGUUUUUGAUUUUUUUUUUUAACUUUUACUCCUACUGUAUUAUUUGAAACGCGUAUCAAUUCAGGUGUUUUCCACAUAGCGAGGAUGUGAUUACAAAUUUGUUUUUUUAAUUUCCCCAUUUAUUCAUUAGAUGAAAGUACAGGUAUAUGGUGUUUUUCUAUGUAGAGCAUUAAGAUAAAUCAGUAUGUCUGCUGAUGUUAGAAUACACUACAAAUAUAAUUUGAUGGCGUUUCAUUUAGUAGCCUCUAGUAUUAGCCAACAACAAAAAAAAAGAUUUCCAUAUCCCACUUGUUCUGUGCUGAAUCUCUUGCUUUCCACUCUUCAGAGUGCUUUUGCAUUCCAGUACAGUUUCUCUGUCUUUUGAAGAUUAGUAUUUAGGAUGAAAAACAGCUGCUGCCCUUGAUGCCUUUUUAAACCUCCUCUUCUAGUAAUAAUCUACUGAACAUAUAAUACUUAUAUAUAAUAAACAUGUACAUACAUUUGUAUAUACUGUAUUGGAAGGCAUUAAAAACACAACACAUUACAGUACUCGUUGAUUGUAUUUGUCUUGCCUUUCAAUGUAUAAACAUAUGUAAACACAAAAGAAUUUAACCACACUACACUGAAAUCUGGCUAGUAAAUGCUGGCUUCUUCUUGAUAGUCCUUCUUUGUAUCUGAAUUGCAAAUGUGUUUUGUUUGCAUCUUGUAGUUUUGAGAAAAUACUGUACUUAGAUGUAGAAAACAAGAAAAAAUAUAUACUAAUUGGUAACAAAUCAGGCAGUAUACAGUAUAUGCAUUCCCAUUGAGAAAUAGCUUGGGAUAUUUUUUCCAGAAAUACUAUUAUAUAAAUACAGAAAGACUAUUUUAUAUGUAAUGCUUGUAGAGCACUAACUGUUAACAGUUUAGUAAGUACUGUAACUAAAAGCAAGUGACUUUUUUACAGUGCAGUUUUCCUAGUUAGAGGUGUCUAAACACAGCAAUAUUUAUUAUAAAUAAAAGUAGUAAGAUCCACACCAUCAAAUAAGCCUAGAAAAAUAUAUAAAAAAAUAGUAAAAGAUUUGAAAUGUAUUUUAUUUGUCUUUAAUGCUUAUUUAUUUACCUCACUGAUCUCAAAAUCCAUGACCAAUACUUGUAGUUUUGUUAAUGCUGAAAAAAUCCACCAACAAAUUGAAUGAUAUAAUGGUAGCAAUCUUUAUUCAAGGGCUGAAAGAACAAGUUCUGCUAGUCUGUAUUCUUAAGGAUCCUUUAGCUGAGAAAAAUUAGAUUGUGUUUAUUAAGUAUAUAUUAAAACCAGCGCUGGGAGCUCUGUCAGCAUGCAGGGUUGUAAGAAAGCUUGCUUAGAGGUUAAUUCUGUGCGUUGAAUCAAUUUCUUCUGGAAAAUCUACUGCACUGGUGUCUCAGAAUUACUGAGAAGCAUUUCCAUGACAAAUACAGUGUUAUGCUCGUGUAUAAACAUCCUGAAUUGUUAUAUCUCUUUGCUAGUUGAAUUACUUGUUACAAGAAUUUCUGUUUUGUUUCCACUUUCUGUCCACUCUUAAAGGUCUGAUUUAAUGCCCACUGGUAAUAUAUUACAGGGAAUUAGGCAAGAUGGCAUCACUGUGAUUGAUUGAUGUGGUAUUCGUUGUGUGUUUUGUAAUGUAGUAAUCUGACAGUCACAGAAAACCAGCACCACACGUCCUCUGUCUUUUUUGGGACUGUCUGUAGUGAGAACUAGUGGCCGAGUUUAUACUGAGUUUGGCCAUUUAGAUUGUUAAAGUCAGAGUGAUCCAGAGCCACAAUUACAUGUUUCUAUAAAUCUGUUUAAUAAAACAUUGUGUCAGCAUGGUAAAAAUCUUAGGGACUUUAAAACUUUGAUAUACAUGUACAUUGACAUUCAAGCUAGAUAAAAUAUAUUUAGAUAUUUUAAGAUGACGCAUCUUUUUGUAUUAAUUAAAUCUCAUGCUGGCGUACAAAAUAGGUUUCUUUGAAAGUUGGUGUAAGCUCCUGUCUGCUAAACUCUUUUCGAGAAGUUAGAGUUACAGGGAGCAUUCAGUAAAGUGAGUUAAUUAAGGUACCGACAGAAAGAAAGUGCCUGUUGGUGCUCCUUCAUCACACUGCUGUUGCAUUCAGCCUGGCCGCACAUCUAGAGCCAAAAGCAAUAUUAUUUGUAUUGAAAAAGAAUAGAAUUACCUAAGUGUACAGUAAGUGUGAGGAAUUCUGUGUAGCUCAAAGCUCCACUUUCUAGUUGAUGUAUGUAGUGUUUAAUUUUGUUGUUAAGUUAAUAAUUGCUGUCCUGAAGGUCAGCAGCAGUACAGCAAGAGUGGAUAGAAUACUGAAUAGAUUGUCUCCGUCUAGGGGUAGCAAGAACUGUUUCAGCUUUGAUUGUAAAAUAAAUAGUUGAAAAAUAAAUGGGCUGUCAGGCAGAAAAAAAAA